AAAGCAAAGAGAAUUUAAGCACUACUAGUAAAGUGGAUUUCUGUGCUAAAUCGAUAUAUUUAUUACAUUGCAAUUAAUACGAAGAAUACGAAGCUUUAUUUGAAUCAGUUGAGUGCUUACAUAGUAAAUGCAGUGGGACCAGUGGUAGCGAUGGAAGAAGUAGAUUCUAUUAUAUUGCAUUUUCUUCGUUCAUUAAAUAUCAACAUUAACGAUGAAAUCAAAAAUAUUAACGAACUGCCUGUUCAUAUCAUCAUUGAGUCUGCAUCAACAUGUUUAAGUGCAAUAAAUCCAUCUAUAAAAGUAACCAGGAACUUGCCAACAGGCAUAUCUCAUAGAAUAGAAGUUGCUUCUCAAAUUGCAUCUGUUUGCAAGGAUUUAGGCUAUAAGAAUGAUGUAGGUUAUCAAACAUUUCUGUACCACAAUGAAUGUGAGCUAAGACAAGUGUUUAUGUUUUUAAUUGAAAGGCUACCAAAUGAAGGUAAACAGGUAUCUGUCACCCUGCCUUCUGCAAACAAGAAAUCAUUGCUCAAACAAGACAUCAGCAACAAAAUUGGUGAAGAAUUAAAAUCUAUUUGGAUCCCACCCUGUUGUAAACCUAAUUCUAAUAGGAUUGGGGACUUUAGUACCAUAGGUGUGAAUACCUCACAUAGUCAAAUAAGCUUGAGUGAUGAACAGGUAAUAGAAAAGUUGCUAAAAAUAAAAGAGCUAAGCAAAACAAGUGUUUCUAAGUCCAGUGAAUCAGUCAAGCAACCAAGUAAUGAUCAGGAGACUGCUAUUGAAAAGGCUGAAGUAAAACAAGAUCCAAACAAGACUCUUAAAGAGUUGAAGGAAAUGGCCAUUGUACUGAGACAGAAAUUGGACACACUAGAGAGUGAAAAAAAUGUUAUGGAAGUUGAAUACUCCCAGGUACAAAAAGCAUAUGAAAGGGCUGAAGCAGAUCUGAAAAAUGUCCAGAAUAUUCUGACAAGUAUUGGGGUCACUGAUGUUGAUGCUGAUGGUGUGACAGAUGGUUUGAUAGAAAAAGUACAAAAGAACAUUAAUAGCCUUCACAGGCAGAGUGAGGAAUUAACUUCAAGAAACCUUUCUCUAAUGGUUGAAAUUGACAAAAUUGCCAGCAGUAUGGAUAUGAUGGAGUCUGAAAGAAGCAGAUGCAAAAAGAUUUUAACCACUUUGAAAGAAACAGCAAAGGCGCUGAAAGAUGAAUGUGAAAAGAAAGAAGUCUUGGGUAGUCAACUAAAGGAAAGUUAUGGAAAGCUGAGAGGUGGCAACAAAAGAUCAAUUUAUACAAAACGUAUUAUGGAAAUUAUAAGCAAUGUUGAUAAACAAAACAUGGAAAUAAAGAAGAUAUUAGAUGAUACAAGGCAAUUACAAAAAGAAAUAAAUACUUUGGAAGGACAAUUGGACAGAUGCUUUUCUAUAGCAGAUGAAACUCUUUUUCGGGAUGCUAAAAAGGAUGACCAAGCAAAAAAGGCAUAUAAACUUUUAGCUCUUUUACAUUCUGAGUGCAAUACUAUUGUUUCCCUUGUAAAUGACACUGGAACUUUGGCCAGGGAUAUAGUUGAUUUAGAAGAAAAUAUUAAGACUGAGACUGCAAAGAGAACUGAAGAUACUCUGAGGAAAAUACAGCUUGAUCUUACAAGAAUCCAGGAAGAAGCUUAAGCAUUUAUUUAUGUACAUUUGGCCAUCAUUUAAAAGUAGCAUUCCAUAUUAAAUGUAUUGUAUCAAAUAAUAUAGUAAUUAAUAUAUCUUGCGUAAAUUAUGUUAAAAUUUUAAUAUAUUGUAAAAAUGCUCAAUAAAAUAAACAACUAUGUAAUCUAACAUUUUAUUCUAGCAUCUUAUAUUUCUACUUCCUUUUUGGUAGAAUCUCAGGUGGUAUAUAAUCUUCAUCUGUUGUUUUGCUUACUGCUUUCUUUGUCACAGUGUUGUCAACAAGUUUUUCUUUUUCUUCUAUUUCAAGAUCAAUUUUGUCCUCAUUCUCAAAGAACCAUAAUUUCUGCUCUUGUUGUUGCAUUUCACUUUGCUUUUGUUGAAUAAGUUGAAUCCUGCGUGCCCGAUCCAGCCUUUGAGCUUGUUCUUGAAGCUUUUGUUCUCUUAUUUCAGCCCAAGAUUCAAAUAGCUA